UCGACUUUAAAGGGCAGGCAAUGUUUGCGUUGUUUACAUCGUGUGAAACUACGUUGUCUGAUAAAUAAUUACUAAAAAGGUGUUUCUUAAACUUAGCACUACGUCUGGAAAUUUUUAAAUAUGAUCGAACAUUAUUAUAAAAAACUGUUUCUUUUGCUAUCUAACCGAUUGAUUCAAAAUUCUGUAAAAGAUCUCAGAUAUGUGUCUUACAUUCAGGGGCAAAGCCCUGAACCUAACACUCGGGAAUAUUUUUAUUUCAUCGAUCAUAAUGGCAUGCUCUUUUUGGAUGAUUCAAAGAUGAAAAAUUUUACUUCGUGUUUCAAAGAUAAGAAAUUUUUAGAAUUUUUUUUCAAAAGGUUGCGAAUGAAUGAUACUGGUAAAUAUGAAAAAGAAUUUCCAUAUUAUUCCCCAUGUGGUAGAGAAAAAAACUUUGUAAGAUGUGACGAUGUGCCAAUUGUAUUUACCCACAUUUUAGAGCGGGAUGCAGCUGAUUAUUUAUCAUAUGCUUAUGCUGGAGAUCUGUUACAAGUAAAAUUUGAACCAGAGAAGAUAUGUAUGCUGCCCGAAACAGGACGAGUUUACCAUCCAGGGCCUGAAGCAACUGGAGGCGUUGGUUUAAUAAAAUCAUCAUUAGCAAUUCAGUUAAGUCAAAACUUUAUAUAUAAGGAUAAUAAAACAGAAGAUGUACCACUUUACUUUAUUUGGAAAGACCAAAAAUAUAUUCUUACUAAUGAAAUUCUGAAAAAACUGAUAGAUUUGCAAAAUGCUACGAGUCUACACAACUGAAUGCAUAUUUCGUUUGGUACAUUAGCUUUAUUAUUUUACAUGUUAUAAAAUUAAUUAAUUCAGUAAAUUUUGUAUUUAUUAAUAAUAUUGAUUAAGGUUCGAAAUUUUUAAUAGCUAUUAUGAAAGUAUGGCUUCAGUAUGAUUAUGCUAACUUUCCUAAAAAUAUCUAAACUAACUGUUAAUGUGAGAAAAUGUAUGCAUUUAUAUGAAAUUAUAAUUAAAAUACAUUUGUUAUUAUUAUUAUUAUUAUUAUUAUUUCCUUUUACUUACUUUUGUUCUGUAUUUCUCUCUACCUGAAACAUGUUAUGUGUUCAUGUCUUUGAAAUUUAAUUUUUUUGUGUAUAUCAGAUUAAGAAUUUAAAAUAAACUGUUAAAAUAUAAAGUA